GUAUGGUAUGGUAAAGUAAAAUGAGAGUAAAGUAACUGUUUUUGUAUCUGCCAAGCUUGGCCAUGAAACAGCAAAGUAAGCUACUUUUUUCAAGUUUUUCAACUUUGAAUACCCCUAGUGUGAGACCGGUACUGGCUGGUGUGAUAUGGUAGCUGGGUAGACUAAAGCUUCCGAUUCCCAAGGAAAAACCUCUGAUCUUGUCCGCUUCGGGGGGAUUCAGAGAGCUGUUUUGCCUUUCUUGGAUGGGAGGGAUGACGGAUAGUGGAGGGCGUGAGCCGCAAUAGAAUAAGAUUCGGGGGUCAAUUGGGAAGGACACAAAUAUCCUGUCUGACAACUGAUGUCUGGGCAUAUGUAUGGAGGGUAGUUGGAAGGGGGCAAGAUGAUAAUAUUAUUAUGGUAUUACCGUUUUUUUUUCAAGAGAGAAAAAGUCUGAUCCGGCCCACCCUUAAAAACCCCGACAAGAGAGCCAACUCUGCUGCCAGAGGUCGAUCGACUGGGCUCAGCUGGUGUCUCGAGACUUUGCCCUGAGUCUACCCUACCUGAACCUCGCCCUCGCCCUCUCUUUGUUACUCCACCCAUUCGAGGGAGGACCGCCACCUAACCUCCUGCCCGUAUUCUCCCUCGACGGCUACUCAAUUCCUGUGUUGUAUUCCGUCUGGGUCCAAUUUUUUUUUGCCCCGAUGUCGAUUUUCACUGCUGCUCAAUAAUAUCCCGUUCCUUCGUCGUCCGACGUCGCACCGGGGAUCAGCGGGGCACUCACGUUUUUUGUUCGCCUGUCCAACUUCUUGGAUCCUACACGAGCGCUUGCCUGCCCAAAUCGUUUAUAUAUCCUGAGCCCUUCAACUCGCAUUCCAGAGAAUCCCUCUGUGUUCGGGAUAGGAGCAGCUUCCGACCCGGAGGUUCCAUCGGUUCUGUCGUUUUGAGGGGUGAGGACGAAGUGGGUGUUGAAUAGCUAGCUGUCGUUUUUUAACACGGCAAGGCAACCACCUUCUGCGGAAUUACCGAAGGAUCCCGAGACCCUAGCCUUUCUGCUAACCAGGAGCUCGUCAUAGGAAUAAUAACUGAUACAGUCUACUGCGAUGGGACUACCGGAGAAAUGGCAAUUCAGGCCUCAUUUCAAUUUUAUCACUGUACAUUGUGCGUGCUUUCCCCCCUUCAUCUUAUCGCAGGGGUCCGGAGGAAUACAAUCGGGCCUGUUCUAAUUGCUAUCGUGGUUUCUACAGAUACAUACAUCGUUGGGAUGGCCAUCAUGUGCUCCGUCGUUCUUUAUCCAUACAAGAAUAUGCGGUACAUUGAUGCGUUGUUCUUUGCGUCUGGUGGAGCCACACAAUCGGGUCUGAAUACGUGAGUUUCCGUUCGUGUGGGAGGUCAUUGGUGCAUGCGAGUCAUUACUUAUGAUGAGAUGUGUGGUACUGAUGAAACUUUUUUCAGAAUUGAUAUCAACCUUAUAAAACUCUACCAACAACUUGUGGUAUACUUUCUACCGAUGCUUACAACCCCAAUAUUUAUAAAUACCAUUGUGGUAUUCGUGCGUCUAUACUGGUUUGAAAGGCGGUUCGAGAAUAUCGGUAUGAGACCAGCCCGGAACCAUUCUUUUUAUUGUUGGAUUGGUGGAUGCUGAAACUUUUCCAUACAGUCUCUUUGACCCGCCUGCCGUCGAGAGCGAGGUCUGCGCUUUCCAGAGGAGCUGUUGAUGAUGAUGUGGAAUCUGGGAGAGAAGAAACGGGGGUUCGUGGAAGGGAAAUCACGAUUGUGCGCGCAGAGCCAGAGGCGCCAUCAAAUCUAAGCAAACAAUCAUUGGCCCUCGGACCUGGCCGUCGCAGUGUGGAUUCUGAUAUCGCCCCAGAGAGUGUCAGAUCUCAAACGUUACAGGGCAGGAGCAGCUCGGAUGGUGUGCAUGGAAGUGAUAGUUCUGGUAUUGAUUCGUUUGCUACUGAAGGGUAUGCUUGCCCUAACUUUUCCAGUGCGAGUGAGAAAUGAAGCACUUUCAUCCCCCGUUCAACCGAAAGGAGAUACGUGUGCUCCGGUUCUCACUUGUAUAGCCGGGUGAUCGCUACAUCAGAAGGAAGCUUAUAUAGAACAGGCCUCGUACUCAGCAACAAAAUUGCGAAGCUACUGGAAUCCAAUUCGUGGAUCUCCCGUCGCCAACCAGAGAUGGAUCGGGUAGCAUGAAUGCUUUCGCUGGCCCUCAUAUCGCGUUUGCCGGGGCGCAGAGGAAUCAUGCUCCUGGGAAAGCACUCAGAAUUCCCGGACCGAGGGAGUUCGAGAAAGGUUUGUGCACAUGCUGAUCACAAUCUUACCAACCGCCGCUGACUUGAACUAGGUUAUAGGGCCCAGGAGAUUGAUGAGGACGAUAUCGGCACUCUCUACCGCAGCAGAACUGCAGCUGAGGGGGAACGGAACCAUGAUGUCGGAAGUCCUGCUUCAAGAACGAUCAGUUUGGGCAAUGGAGUCAAUGGGUCAAACAAUGUCCGCCACCGGAGAUUGCCUCCUCUUGAGCAGUUCUUGCCACGUGCUGCUACUGUCGAACGCGUAAUAUCUUCUGCAUUUUCUGUGGGACAGCACCCAAAACGGAGAAACACGAGUCCAUUCUCGAGAUUGUCAAAGAAGACGGCCAAGGAACCCCCGAAUAUGCCUUACUUGUCAUAUACUCCUACUUUGGGGAGGAAUUCGCAGUUUGUGGACUUAUCGGAUGAGGAGCGCGAUGAGUUGGGUGGAAUUGAGUAUAGGAGUCUGAAGCUGCUGGCAAAAGUCUUAGUUGGUAUGUGUCAAAUCUGGUUGGUUUUGCCUUGUGGGGUUUAUGCUGAGGUACAAUAGGUUACUAUUUAUUUUUUCACGUAUUUGGUGUCGUUUGCUUCACACCUUGGAUCUGGGCCAUGGAUAGCUAUAAGGAUUAUGUGAGAUCGGUUGGCGUGAAUCCAACAUGGUGGUAUGUUUUGAGCCUGGGCCACGUUCGAAAUCCUCAUGCUAAUGUCCGUAAGGGCUAUAUUCUCUGCGCAGACUGCUUUCAACGACCUUGGGUUUACUCUCACCCCGGAUUCCAUGGUGUCUUUCCAGUCCGCCACAUUUGUCCUCAUUAUCAUGACCUUCCUCAUCAUCAUUGGAAACACGGCCUUUCCUUGCAUGCUCAGAUUGAUCAUUUGGGUCAUGUUCAAACUCUGCCCUCAAGGGUCUUCACAUAAAGAAUCGCUCAACUUCCUUUUGGAUCAUCCUCGCCGUUGCUUCACUUUGCUAUUCCCGAGUGGGCCCACUUGGAUGCUAUUCUGGAUCCUUAUUAUCCUCAAUGGUGCCGAUAUUAUUCUCUUCAUAAUCUUAGACCUGAACAACGGCGACGUUACCGGGAUACCAGUAGGAGAUAGGAUAAUGAGCGCCAUUUUCCAAGCCGCUUCUACGAGGACGGCUGGUUUGGCAGUUGUGAAUAUGGCGGACCUGCACCCCGCUGUUCAAGUUAGCUAUCUGCGUAUGUGGCUGCUGGUUCUCUGCGCAUUUGUUUAUCUGCUUACAUGGCGUAGUAAUGAUGUAUAUUUCGGUAUUCCCGAUCGCUAUCAGUGUCCGAAGAACCAACGUAUACGAGGAAAGCUCUCUUGGCAUCUACGCUAAUACGGAUGACGAGGACAACGGCAGGGAGGCCUCUUUUGUGGGGGCCCAUUUGAGGAAGCAGUUGUCUUUUGACCUGUGGUAUAUCUUUUUGGGUCUCUUUAUUAUUACAAUAUCUGAGGGAUCCCGUAUCCAAGACACCGAGGAUUAUGUAAGUAUUACCGGACCGUGUAGUCAUUGCGCAUAUACUGAUAAUUUCUAGGCGUUCACGGCUUUUGCGGUUCUGUUUGAGGUAGUUUCUGCUUAGUAGGUAUCCUUGGCAUAGACAUUAGCAUUUUGAUAUCUGACAGGUUGGCAGUGGUACCGUUGGCUUAAGCUUGGGAUAUCCGAACACCAACACGUCCUUCUCUGCCCAGUUUGGUGUUAUUGGAAAACUGGUUAUCAUUGCUAUGCAAAUCCGUGGAAGGCACAGAGGUCUUCCGUAUGAGCUUGAUCGCGCGGUACGUUUUUUUUUUUUGACCCUGCGCCUUAUUCCGCUCCGUUCACUAAUUCCCUCAAAGAUUCUCCUGCCCAGUGAGUCGCUCCAAGAGAAAGAAGCUCGAGAUGCGCAAUUACGUGCAUUGCGUCGAAGGGGAUCGAGUUUCAGUCAGGUUGGUGGAAGGCCGUUGACUGGGGUCCGCUCUGUCCAGUCACAGGCCGUCGAAGAUGAUUAAGUUAGACUUUCAUGUUUGUAUUUCGAAUUACGAUUGGGUGAGAUGGCGACCACGGCCUUUUCCCCUUGUUUCCCUUUUCCUUUCUUACAAUUGUACUUUUUUCUUUCUCUUUUUCUAUUCCCUUUUAGAUCGGGCGUGGGGCGUUUCUUACUCCUUCAGAUAGUAUCCGGGGGUUGGGGUUCUAUAGAUUGCCGCGAGUGGGACUGCGGUAUGAUGGGAUGGCUUGUGAAGCCCAUUAUUAGUCUGCUAUCGCCUUCCUAUAGGCGUAAUAGUGUAUGUUAUUGCGCCAGAUUUAAAAGCGAUUUACGUAUGAUAUGAUAAUAUUAUGAAGUGGGGAUUGCAACUUUUGGAAUAUACGGGUAUUGGGAGUGAUUAGCAUAGGUUCCUAGUGUUUUCUUUUUAUGAUAGAGGUAUUAGUAAAAGCACGGGUCGGGUCAAUAGGGCUUAGCGAUUUGAUUGUGGGCUAAUGACUUUGCAAGAUGCAGUGUCAUAGGUUGUUUUGGUGAUGCUGGAGAUGGAUCGGUACGGCACGGUGCAGGGCUGCAUAGCGUACGGUAUUGGACUGGGUAGGAUGGGAAGCGUUUGUAGGGUACUAGUAGAUGAGCUCCUCCUCAGACUCUCACAUUCCGCUCUUCUCUCUUCUCGUCUCAACCGCACAUCUUGUGCUUUUCCGCAAUUUAUGCCAUGCGGUUUGUGCAUUAGGAAUAGAAUUAGCCCGCUCUCUCACCUCUCUAGGCCCCCAAGGUCACCAAGACAAAACACCAACCCUUCAUCAACGCAUCAUUCUUUUCCCGCCGAACAACGACGGAAAAAAAAAAAGGUCACUUCCUGGAACACAUCUCCGUGUUAGUUUCUAGGCAGCCCACACUUUUUUUCCAGCACACUUUCUCUUCCUCAAAGCAAUAUUCACUCGAGGUACAAGGGCUAUGGGUAUUCCCCGUGAGUGUUUCCCCCGACGGGCCUUAUCUGACCCCUCCCUUUUCUCCUCGGUCCUGUUAAGUAUUUCAAACUGCACUGCUGACUUGAAUGUCUUUCUUUUUCGGACCCCCUAGUAUGGUCAAGUCCACCCAAGGGAUUAGAUCCAAAUUCCGCGUCUAGCAGGACCAAUGCCCAGAACAAUCCCAACUUGGAUUCCGUGGCAGCGACCCAGGAACCGUUGUUCUCGUUUUCUUCGAGUUCUACCUCUUCUUCAGCUUCGUCGGCCUCUCUCUUAAAUGUCCCCACGACGCAACAACGGUCAAACAGCAAUAACAACAACAGCAACAGCGGCGGCAACGGCAGCACGGACAACCGCUCAUGGCCGGAAACGGGGGAUGGUCUCGGGUUGCUUACCCUGGGAGAGUUCUUGAGGGAGACCGCGUCCGGUGACGACAGUGAGAGGCAACUGAACGGAAUAUUGAGACUUAGGCGAAGGACGGUGGCUGCCGAGUAUAGUAACGGUAGUGACCGAACCAGGACUGGCGAUUUUCUUUUUGUUCCUGCUCCUUUACCUCCGCCCCCACCUCCCCCACCGGCUAGUUGGAAUUCUUCGGGCCUUGGGAAUUUGUUCGAUCAUACACCGGCUGGGAGAGCCCGCAUUCUCGGCACUAUGGGGUCUUCUGCGAUAGGUGGUCUGCGGGGCGCUGGUGGGAGUGGUAGCAGUGGUUCCGGCGGCACUUCCACAGCCACUGCUGCCUCUGCUCCUCCGGCUGGCUCCUCCUCUUCUGCCGCCAGUGCUUCGGGGGCUUCGACGUCUGCUGCAGCGAUUGCCAGGGAUCAGACUACGUUUGCCAACCUGGUGGACCAGAUUAGGAGGAUCGGAGAAUUGCAGGAUUUUGUACUAUCAUCGGCGGAUGAAGCGAGCAAUCCUGAGAAUCAGGGUAGGACGGCUACAGAGGGGGAGGCCCGUAUCGCAUCAGCUUUGGGGAAUAGUGAAUCUCGGUUGAGGGCCAUGCAAACUAGUAUUGACCUCUUAGCUUCCGAGUUCCAAUUAUUGAGGAACACCCGCAGGGAGUUGAGACGUGUAAGUCUAUUACUCUACUCCCCUGCGGCUUGGAUUUUACUUUUUUAAUAUUUUGGUUUUGUUUUCUUCUUCUGUGGCUGGGACAUAUAGCGUUUGCUUAUAGCAUUGCGUCCGCAUGUUCAGGUAGAAGAGGAAGCUCUAGAGACGCUUCAGAAUUCUUCAGGCACCGCUGGCUCUUCCAGAGGCACUCGGCCUGUACCAGCGAUCCCAGCAGCCCAACCAACAUUUUCCUCCCCACGUGGCCACUCCGGAAGGAGGGAGCCAAGAACUCUGAUGAACCAGCGUUUCCGGCGCUCUAGAGCAGAGGGAAGACUCCCGGACCUAUCUGACGAUGAGGCAGACUCUUACGAGUACCCCCCCAUGUUCACUGGCCUCGCCUCUGCAGGACACACCGGCCGUCAUAGGAACGUUGCGCUCGCGAGGAACCCGGGCUUUCGCCUCGGUCAAGGGAAUCCUUCGUGGGCACAAACACCGGAUGCAGAUAGCCAGCGUCAGGAAGCGGCAACGGAUGGAGCUGAAACCGAAGUUGCGGAACAAACGGAACGGGAGGAAGAAGGGGAGAGUGAUUGCACUAUCCCGAGCACUGAAGCCAGGGAUCGUAUGCUACUCGAUAUCGUUAUGAGGAUGCAAAUCGAGAGUUUGCAGGGCGGGGGUCUACCGGGAUUAUAAAGAGGGAAGGAAGGACCGCCAUUCUAUCCCAUUCUCUUUUGUUCUGGCAUGCGCCGUUUCAUCCCUUGGUUGGCAAAAUUAUCCCUUUUCUUCUCUUUUCAUAUUUUUCUUCUUCUGCUUGUGGGUACUUGUACGGCUUUUAACUUGACUUGUUUUUACUUUUUCUCCUCUCUC